UGAGUUCAAUUUUACGUUAGUUCGAUAUUUUAUUGCACGAGAUUUAUAAAUAUAAUUGUAUUUUUGUUAUUACCACAAAUUACAACGCAGAAAGUUGUUCUGAAGUAUACGCGUGAGGUUGAAAAAAUUAUGGCCACUUGGGAUGGUUCUUACUCUGGGCCGGAUGAUCAAAAUUAUUAUGUAUAUUCUGAUCAGAAUGUUCCUGGACCAGCAACAGAAAACUGGGCAUUCUUUCCCAAUAAUAUGAACAAUGAUUAUUUACAAUCUAAUCGUGAGUUCUAUGUACAAAAUGAACCCAUAUUUGAGCAAAAUUGCCCAAGUACUUUCUAUCAUUCAAGCACAAAUGUCACGCCAAGUUUGUUAUCAACGGUUAAUAGUUAUCAUGAACAUUUAACAAAUCCGAUAGAUAACUCUCGAGUAUUAAAUAAUCAAGAAUAUUUUCCAAAUGUUGUUAAAUCUCAACAAUGUUAUGUACCUGAUGCUUGUUGGAAACAUGAUUAUAAUUUAAAAAGAGGCAAGACUAAACAUAAUUCAAUGAGGGGAGUUAAAGAACAUACAAGCACACAAUUGCAUGCUAUGGCUGAAGAGUUUGUGCCAAAUAAUACAGAAUCUAAUAGUAAGAAUCAUGGAUUGCAAAAUACAAAAUCUAUUAAUAUUGCAGAUACUUGUAUCAAGGAUAAUGAUAGAUCAGAUAAAUAUUUCUUUUGUAAUACAAGUAGACAUGAAAGGAAGUAUAAUAACAAAAAAAAUUUUAACCAUAAAUCUAAAGAAGAACAAGAUCAGUUUUAUAAAAGAAACACACAUACAAAUCCCUAUCAGCAACAAAGUAAAACUAAUAAAUUUCAAGGUAAUAAAUACUUCAUUAAUAAAUAUUAUUCGGGUAAACCACAAAUAGAUACAGAUGAUGCAAGUGAGAGUGCCUUAAAUAAAAAUGCAAUGAAUAAUAGUAAAAAGGUUUCUGUAUCGAAUUUCAAUAAAGGAGAAUCAUUUUCAAGUAUGGAGGUAAAUUCAAAUAAAAAUAAAGGUUUUUCAAACGAAUGCAAUGUUCAAGGAGCUAUUACUGCUAGUGAUGGUAAUGCACAAGAUGGUAGUAUGCAAGAAUCUAAUAAUCAGGUCAAGGAAUUCACUUAUUAUAAUUCUGGUUUAAAGCAAUCGAGCAGUAAUAACAGAAAUAUAAAAAAAUAUCAAUAUAAUACAAGAUAUAAUGAGGAAAAUUCUUAUAAAGAAAAACGACGUAAUUAUCAGGGAUACAAUAGAGAAAGCUACAGUAAAGAGAAUAGAUCUAAAGUAAAAGGUCAGAUGUAUAGUAAUGGAGAAAAAGAAUAUUCUAAUGGGGAAACUGGUCUGGAAGUAAAGGAUAUAAAAGAAAAGAAGCAUAAUUAUCAAGGAUAUAAUGGAUUUAAAGAGCACAAUAAGGAGAGUAAAAUAGAAACCUUUAAAGAAAAAGAUAAAAGUAAAAAUUAUAUGUUUGAAAACAAAGAGAAAGUAUAUGAACAUUGGAGGAGUAUAAAAGAAAUUAGUGAAAAAAAUAGCAUACAAAAGCGAAGACAGAGUAAAAAAUCACCUGUUGAUGAUGAUGCAAGUCAAAGAGAAAGAUUAACAGAUCAGCUGAAUAGAGGACAAUUAGAAUGUUUAGUAUGUUGUGAAUAUAUUAAACAGAAUAAUUACAUUUGGUCAUGUUCUAAUUGUUACCACGUUUUGCACUUAAAAUGUAUUAAAAAGUGGGCAAAAUCAUCACAAGCAGAAAAUGGUUGGAGAUGUCCAGCAUGUCAAAAUGUAAGCUUGUUAAUACCUGAGGAUUAUUUUUGUUUUUGUGGCAAGACAAGAGCACCUGAAUGGAAUCGUAGAGAUGUUGCACAUUCCUGUGGUGAAAUGUGUAGUAGAACAUUGUCGAAAAAUAGUUGUCCUCAUAAGUGCACUCUUUUGUGUCAUCCAGGAUCUUGUCCACAGUGUACAGCAAUGGUAACAAAGUAUUGUGGUUGUGGUAAAACUUCGCAAACAAUACAAUGCAGUACUCAUAAAUUGUUACUGUGUGACUCGACAUGUGGUAAGGACUUAAAUUGUGGUAGACAUAAAUGUGAAGAAAAGUGCCAUCAUGGAGAAUGUGAAAAUUGUGCAAAGACAAUAACACAAGAAUGUUAUUGUGGUAAAAAUACAAGAGAAGUAACAUGUCAGAGUAAUAUUUCAUUUAUGUAUUCAUGUGAAAAUAUUUGUGGCAAAUUAUUAGAAUGUGGAAAUCAUACUUGUGCAAAGUUAUGUCAUGCAGAUACUUGUGAACCCUGUUCUUUAACUCUUGAGAAAAUUACAACUUGUUAUUGUGGACAAACACCAUUAACAGAAAAAAGACAGACUUGCUUAGAUCCAAUUCCUAUCUGUGACAAAAUAUGUUCGAAACUUUUAAAAUGUGGACAACCUAAUAAUCCUCACAAGUGUAAAGCAACAUGUCACCAAGGAGAUUGCCUUAUUUGUGAUUUAACUACUGAUGUUAAAUGUCGUUGCGGAAACAUGGAUAGAGAAAUACCUUGUAAAGAUUUGACAUCGAAAGCUGAUGAUGCACGAUGUGAAAAAAGAUGUACGAAAAAAAGAUCUUGUGGCAAACACAAAUGUAACCAACUUUGUUGCAUAGAGAUCGAGCAUAUUUGUCCAUUGAUUUGUUCUAAAACUUUAAGUUGUGGUAGACAUAAAUGCGAACAAAGUUGCCAUAAAGGAAGAUGUCAACCUUGUUGGCGUAGUAGCUUCGAUGAACUAUACUGCGAAUGUGGCGCGGCUGUAAUACUUCCUCCUGUUCCCUGUGGUACUAGAAGACCGACUUGUGAGAGGCCUUGUUCUCGUCAGCAUCCUUGUGGACAUGUACUGCAUAAUUGUCACAGUGAACCAACAUGUCCUCCUUGUACUGUUCUUACCCAGAGAUGGUGUCACGGAAAACAUGAAUUACGAAAAGCUGUGCCAUGUUAUGUUGAUGGAAUUUCAUGUGGUUUAGCAUGUAAUAAGCCCAUAUCUUGUGGUCGGCAUAAGUGUAUUACUAUUUGUCAUACUGGACCAUGUGAAAAACCAGGACAGCAAUGCUCUCAACCUUGUACUACUCCAAGGGAAAUGUGUGGACAUAUCUGUGCUGCCCCAUGCCAUGAGGGUAAAUGCCCAGACACAUCAUGCAAGGAAAUGGUUAAGGUAACAUGCCAAUGUGGACAUAGAACCAUGUCUCGCGUUUGUGCCGAAAAUGCCAAAGAAUAUCAGAGAAUAGCAAGUAGUAUAUUGGCCAGUAAAAUGGCCGAUAUGCAGUUAGGUCAUUCUGUUAAUUUGGAAGAAGUGUUCGGUCAAGGAGCGAAAAAGCAAAAUCAGUUGAAAACUUUAGAAUGUAAUGACGAAUGCAAAAUAAUAGAACGAAAUAGAAGAUUGGCUUUAGGUUUACAAAUUGUAAAUCCGGAUUUAAGUGGAAAAUUAAUGCCUAGAUACAGUGAUUUUAUGAAACAAUGGGCUAAGAAAGACCCACAUUUUUGUCAAAUGGUCCAUGACAAAUUAACAGAGUUGGUUCAAUUAGCGAAGAUUUCUAAACAGAAAUCACGCAGUUACUCUUUUGACAGUAUGAACAAGGAUAAACGUCACUUUGUUCAUGAAUCUUGCGAACAUUUUGGUUGUCAAAGCCAGGCAUAUGAUCACGAACCAAAAAGAAAUGUUGUUGCAACUGCUGUAAAAGAUAAGUGUUGGUUACCCAGCUAUAGUCUCUUAGAGAUUGUACAACGAAAAAAUGGCCAGAGGAAGGUUCCCGGUCCAAUGCUGAACACUUCAAAACCUGACGAUUCUAUAAAGACAAUAUUAUCACUACCUGCAAGAAAAAUCCAGAAACCAGAAACACAGUUGAACAUAAAGAUGUCAGAACCAGAAAUAGAUUACUUCGAUUAUCAAGGUUAA